AUGAGUUUCAAAAACAAUGGCUUGCUUCCAUACUUGCAAGACAAUGUAGGUGUUCCUGAUGCGCUGGUUCUCGAAUGCAGAGAAGGAUUUACGUGGAGAAGGGAGUUGUUCCAAUGGGAGUUGGAGCUUGUCAACCAGCUUCAUGAGAGGUUAAGGACGGUGACAUUGGCAGAUGGGCAAGAGGAUUAUAUAGUUUGGAAGUUUGAUUGUAAAGGGAUAUUCUCUACCAACUCUGUCGUGAAGGUCCUACAAUCGGAGACUCUGUCAGCGGAGGUAACGAGCUACAGUUUUACAAGUGCCGUCUGGAGAGGAGUGGUACCUCCGAGAAUUGAGCUUUUUGGAUGGUUUGUGCUUGUUGGUAGAGUUAAUACCAAGGAGAGGUUGACCCGGCUAGGCGUUAUUUUGCCAACUGAUAAUAUCUGUGUUCUUUGCAAGAAGGAGUUGGUUGAGGAUUGGGUUAUUCCUGGUACCGUUAGAGAACUGUUUGAGAGUUGGACUAGUUGGCAUAAGCGAAAACAAGAACAGAAGAGGAGGCUGACUGGGUUCUUCGCAGUGAUCUGGAAUAUUUGGGUGGAACGAAAUGCUAGGAUCUUUAAUGAUAAGGAAACAGGUGUUGACUUCGUAAUAAGGAGAACAAUCCAGAGUUACAAUGAAUGGUCUGCUAGUGCUUCUGCGGGUUGUUGA